GAAAAGUACUCGCACUGAAGGGAAGUGAUAAAAACUGAAGCCGAUGCUGUGUACGGAAUGGAGGAAUUGAACCCCGAAUCAGCAUUUGACAAAGACCCAUUCGAGCUGACGGCUGAAAAUGUCUACGAUAUUUCAUAUAUCAUUGGGCGCGAUUUAAUCCAAUUUAGCAGUUCAGGAAGCUGUGACAGAGUCGCCGAGUUGCAGUAUAAAAUCAUCAGAGUCCUAGAAAUGCUGGAGUGUCUAGUGAACAGAAACAGCCUAACCAUGGAAACAUUAAAGCUUGAGCGAGACAAUCUCAGAACCGAGACGGAAAGACUUAGCGGGGAGCUUCAACUGGCUGUUCAAAGCAGUUCAAAGCAAGAUAUUGGGCCGAACAAACUUGCGGUGGACGCCAAUGAUCCAGAUCGCCCACGAUUCACAUUACAGGAAUUGCGGGAUGUGCUGCAGGAACGGAAUAAACUGAAAGCUCAACUGCACGUUGCACAAGAGGAACUUGAGUGUUACAAAAAUGGAUUGAUCGGUGCAAAAAAACCUCAAAUUGCGAAAAUAAACGAGGCAGGCCCGAGCGGUGGCAGUGAACAAACCAUGGUUAAAAAGCUCUUUAAGCUUAGAAAAAAAGCCAUAAACUCCACGUAGUUCGGAAGAUUUGACGAGCAUUUGAAGUGAAUUGUUUAACAGAAUGACAGUACUUUGAAACAACUGUAUGUAUAGUGUUACGAAAGAAGAAUUUUCAGAGUUUACUAUUUUUACAAUAGAUUUAGUAGCCUGUAAAAUAACAUCUACAUUUUUAAAAAUGAUUAAAAUGCAUUCUUUUCGCUCAGAAAGAAAUCCAUAAACUCCACGUAAACUCGUUGUUCCUAAGUAUUUGACGAGCAUUUAAAGAGAAUUGUUUAAAAUGAAUGUCAGUACUUUGAAACUAUAUAGUGUUACAAAAAAUUUUCAGAGUUUACUUUUUUUAUACAAUUGAUUUUGAAGCCUGCAAAAUAAUAAACGUUUUUUUCCCAAAAACUGGAACAGAAAUAAAAGGAGAACAAAAAGAAAUUGCAAAAAGAUUUAAUUUCAAAAUAACUAUUUUGUUUAAAAAUUCCAAUAAACCACAGUAAUUCCAGAAAAUAUUGCAAUAAAUGACAAAAGUUAUCAACACAACAAUAUUUCAUUCAGCCCAACCAAUCUUUUAGGUGUUCGUCAUCAAGAAUUUUAGAAGAAAGAUCUACCAUGUAACUACAUUUAUUGAGUGGGCUUUAAAUGAAUAGAUCUUCCAGCUUGUUUUUAUCAAUGAAGCAAUUGUGAUUAUGGUUUUACUAUGCACACCAAUUUGAGACUACUUCCUCCCUGCAAUUCUGAGGUAAAAGUAAAGCAUAUCUUCAUUGAUAAAAGAAUGUUUUCAUAUGAAGUAGAUCAUAUUUCAUGUAUCAAGAUUUUAAUACUUAAUAUGAAAUAGAGUUAUCCUGUAGCUGGUGUGAAACCAGAAAAGUGUGCAGCUGCUUCCUGACAUAGGGCAUACCCCACUUACUUUUAUCUCCUGUGACAUUAAAACAGCUUGUUGCCAUAAAAUUCAGAAAAUUAGUAAUCCAUCCAAACUAUGUAAAAUUAAUAGUCUACGACAGUGAAUGUGGGUCAAGAACUGAUACUUAUUUUCCACUGCAAUAUA